GUGGGCAGUAGCCGCCGCAGCCGCCGCAGCGGCGCCCGCUGAACUCUUCGAACCGAGCCAGCCCGGGGUAGCCGGCCUGGGCCGGAGGGGAGGACCGGCCAAAGGAGCCUCGGAGCAGCACGGACCAUGGAGGUGCAGCUGGGCUUGGGGAGGGUCUAUCCCCGGCCGCCGGCCAAGACCUUUCGGGGAGCGUUCCAGAAUCUGUUCCAGAGUGUGCGCGAAGUGAUCCAGAACCCCGGCGCCCGGCACCCCGGUGCAGCCGGGGGCGCAGCACCCCCAGGCGCCCGCCUGCAGCACCACCACCACCAGCAGCAGCAGCAGGUGCCCCAACAGCCUCAGCAACAGCAGAGCAGCCCCCGGCAGCCGCAGCCAUCAGUACAGCAGCAGCAGGCGCCCGACGAUGGCUCGCCCCCAGCCCCGAAUCGAGGCCCCGCCGGCUACUUGGCUCUGGAAGACGACUCUCAGCCGCAGCCUUCACAGGCACAGCCUCCGGCCGAGGGCUGCCCAGAGAACGGCUGCGUCCCGGAGCCCGGCCCGCCCGCGGCCGGCAGCAAGGGGCUGCCGCAGCCGGCAGUGGCUGUGGCAGCGCCGGACGACGAUGACUCAGCUGCCCCGUCCACACUGUCCCUGCUGGGCCCCAGCUUCCCGGGCUUAAGCGGCUGCUCCACCGACCUGAAGGACAUCCUGGCGGAGGCCGGCACCAUGCAGCUCUUGCAGCAGCAGCAGCAGCAGCAGCAGCAUCACCACCACCACCAGCACCAGCAGCAGCAGCAGCAGCAGGAAGCCGCGGUGGCGGCUGAUGGAGGCGGCGGUCGGGCGCGGGAAGGAGCCGGGGGCUCCGCCUCCUCCAAAGACAACUACCUGGGGGGCACCUCGACCAUCUCGGACAGCGCCAAGGAGCUGUGCAAGGCCGUGUCCGUGUCCAUGGGCUUGGGCGUGGAAGCACUCGAGCAUCUGAGUCCCAGCGAGCAGCUGCGCGGGGACUGCAUGUAC